ACUGCCGUCGCGUUCGCCCUGACGGUCACCAGUGCGCGUCCGCGGUGGACAUUUUUUUCGCUCAUCGCGGUGUGCCGCCCGUCGGUUUACUAUCUUUGAACAUAGUUGUACACAUAUAAAUAUAUACGUAUACGAUAGUGAUAACUGACGAUGACACGUGCUCACGAGUCGUUAAUUUUUUAAGACCCAAUUAAGUUUUGAAAGAAAAAAAAAUACAAUAUUUCGUUCUAGUGUGGAAAAUCGUCAGUUUUCAACCAUCAAUGGACCAGGUAUCGUGAGCUCACCUUUCACGUCCAUGAGUCGGUUAUCGCCGAGUGACAGCUGCAGGGGCCGUGGCGGCAGCGGUGACGAAAACAAACGGCCCAUAUAGUCGGUCGCCACGGAGCAUCAGUGGUAAACCAGUGGCGACCGAUCAGCAAACCAACCAGUGGCGGAAGAAUGGCACACAUGGAAGCUGACUUGGAUUCAGGGCUAGCGACGUGCAGUGAUCUCCCAAGUUGCAGCGAAGUGCUAUGUCCGGUGGUGGUCAAAACCGAAGUACCAACUCUCAAGCAGCACUACUAUCCAGAAGGCGGUUGGGGAUGGAUCAUUGUGGCCGUGUCAUUUGCUGUGCACGUUCUCAACAUAGGACUGCACAUGUCUUCAGGUGUCAUGCUUCCGAUUGUCGCGCGCAAUUUUCCUCAUGCCUCUUUUGGAUCGGCAGGAUGGCUGGGAGCAAUGUCCACGGGAGUGGCGCUUUUGCUGUCACCGGUGACGAUAGCGUUUUGCCGGCGGAAAUCCACAAGAUUGACGGCCGUCAUGGGCGGCCUGAUCACCGCGCUUGGAUGUCUCUUCACCAGUUUUGCCACGCAGUUCCAUCAACUGUUCUUCAGCUACGGUACUGUCAUCGGAAUCGGAGUAGGCAUGACCAGGGAUUGUUCUACGCUGAUGGUGGCGCAAUAUUUUAAGCGAAAACGCGAGUUCGUCGAGAUAUUCAUCGUGUCCGGCAGCGGGAUGGGCAUAGCUGUCAUGUCAAGCUUCAUCAAAGGAGCCAUAAGCGCUAUCGGUUGGCGACUUGGACUCCAGCUAGUCACUGCCACGGUGUUUACUACGUUCUUGUUGGGCACUUGCUACAGAUCAGCUUCGCUGUAUCACCCACAGAGACGGGCUAUCUUGCACCUGAAGAAUCAAAAACGGAAAAUUAAGGACAAAAACCGACACGAUGACCGGCCGCCGUUUCUUGAUUUCACCACGCUCCGCAGCAAGACCGUUCGAAUCCUACUCGUGUCCACCGGUAUUAGUGCGUUUGGAAUUAACACUCCGAUAUUCUACUUGGCUCACCAAGCUGAAGAAGACGGACUUGGAGAUUCAGCACUGACGCUGCAAGUGCACAUGGGACUUGCGUGGACGGUGGGUUGCGUGGCGUUCGGGUUGAUCGUCGUUCGGAACUCAGUGGAGUGUCGAAUCGCCAGACAGUACUUGUGUCAGGCGUCUGUAUUCAUGUGUGGCGUGUCUAUACUGGCGUUAACUACGGUCCGUGGGGACCGACAGGGGUAUGUCAUGUUCGCCUGGGUGUAUGGAAUGUUCUGCGGUGGGUACCAUUACUCACUCAAGAUGUACACGUACGAGCGAGUCAGGGCACGGAACUUUGCCCGAACCUGGGGUUUCGUCCAGUGCUCGCAGGCCAUUCCUAUUGCUCUUGGAGUACCUAUUUCCGGUUACAUCAACAUUGGCUACGGUGCCAAGACGGGUUAUUACUUCAGCUCAGCGUGCGUGUUACUCGGCAGCCUGACUAUGUUCUUCAUUGACCUACAUCGGCGGAACGUGGCCCGACAUAAGCACAACGAGUCAGGUACGAAAAAGCUGUGCGUGUCUGACUCAUGUCCGCAGCGUCGGAGGCUGUCGUUCACUGUCGAACCCGAGGAAGUAGUGGUAAUGGAACCACCCUUAAACAUGCAGGGCGUCGGGCUCAUCGGUAGUGGAAGCGGCGGCGGUAGUGGUUUGGGGUUGAUGAUGGGCGGAAGUGGCAGUGGCGGCAGUGGCGGUAGUGGUGGUGUGGUUGGUGGCGGUGGACCCAACGACAAGCCCGAGCUGACGUGUAUCUCUGAAGAGGGCAUCGCCGACAUGGAUCUGCCCGACAACUUACUCGACGACCUCGACUAUAUUGGCGAUUGCAUCACGUCGUGCAACAAGGUGGAAAACUACUUGAUGCUGAGUGAGUUCGAGAACAAUUUGAUCGCCGAAAUGCCGGUCAUCAUGGACCGGAAAGGCCGCAGGUGGUCUUUAGCCAAACAGGCGGAAGAAGAGACGCCCAGGGGCGGCAAGUGGCGGUUGGUUGCCGGACACAACAGCAGGAUGAUCACGGUUAUCGAUGAGGCGUCCGUGUAAAACGACCGCUCGUAAUAAUAUUUUAUAUCCAUAUGUUAUAUUAUUAUUAUUUUUUUAUAAUUAUUGUUGAAUAUGUGUUCAUUU